AAGUGGCCUUCCCAGUUCCUUCUCCACAAUACUACUUUUUCAAUCACCAGCGUUGGCAUUAUCAAACAACCAAUCUUCUUGAUAGGGUUAGUCACCUCUUCCAAAUUUCACAUAAACUUUACACAACAAAGAUCUGAAAUAGGAGAUCCUUCAAGCCUUAACCUUCAAUGGCCUCUUCUUCGAUUGCAUCCAUUCAGAAAAGCUUUACAUAUGAUGUAUUUUUGAGUUUUAGAGGUGAAGACACACGCACCAAUUUCAUCGAUCAUCUUUAUAAUGCUCUUCAGCAGCAAGGCAUUUAUACUUACAAGGAUGAUGAGGCAAUUAGAAAAGGGAAAAGGAUCAAUGAUGAGCUCAUCAGUUCCAUUAAAGACUCAAAAUUCUAUAUCAUUGUUUUCUCCAAGAACUAUGCAUCUUCAGCUUGGUGCUUGGAUGAGCUUGUGAUGAUAAUGGAGUGUCACAAGACGAGUGAGCAUACUGCAUACCCCAUCUUCUAUGAUGUGGAACCGACAGAGGUCCGGAAACAAAGCGGGGCAGUGGGAAAAGCUUUUGCUAAACAUGAAAAUGAUGAAGCUGCUGGGAAAUGGAAAGAGGUUCUAAAAGAAGCGGCAGAUCUGGCUGGAUGGGAGUUGAAGAACACUGCAAAUGGGCAUGAAGCCAAACUUAUCCAAAAAAUUAUUGAAGAAAUUUCACUACAGUUACGUUCCAUUGAUUUCAAUGCUGAUGAAAAACUAAUAGGCAUGGAGACCAGGGUAAAGGAUGCUGUAUCAUCUUUAGAAAUUGGUACUGAUGAUGUUCGUGUAAUCGGUAUCAAGGGGAUGGGAGGUGCUGGGAAGACAACUUUGGCCAGAGCGGUUUUUGAUCAAUAAAUAUCCUUUCGGUUUGAAGCUAAAAGCUUUGUUGAGAAUGUUAGGGAAAAUUCAAAUACUUCUUUGUCUGGUUUGAAAUCGUUGCAAAAUCAAGUCCUUAAAGAUGCCUUAUUUGAUCAAGGCAUCAAUGUGAGUAGUGUUCAUGAUGGGAAAAUCAUGAUGAAGAAGAAGAUGCGUAAUAAAAAGACUCUUCUUGUUCUAGAUGAUGUGGACCAUAUUGACCAGCUUGAGGCGUUAGCUGGUGAUCUUAAUUGGUUCAAGUCGGGAAGUAGAAUUAUCAUUACAACAAGAGAUGAGCAGGUGCUCGUGGCACACCGGGUGAAGUUGAUUCUUGAUGUCAAUCUGUUAUCAAAUAAGGAAGCGAUUGGGCUCUUCAGUAGGUACGCAUUUGGGGGAGAUAUUCCAAUUCAAGGGUAUGAAGAGCUAUCGGAACAAGUUGUACGGUAUGCUGCUGGUCUUCCCUUAACGAUAAAAGUUUUGGGUUCAUUUCUUUGUGGUAAAAAUAAGAGUGAAUGGAUAGAUGCACUAGAAAGAUUGAAAACAAUUCCGUUAAAGGAAACUCUUCAGAAAUUGGAAUUAAGCUACAUCAAUCUAGAGGAAGAUUACAAAGAAAUAUUCCUCAAUGUUGCAUGCUUACUGAAAGGGUGGUGGAAAAGGUUGGCAAUCGAAGCGCUUGAAAGUUGUGGAUUUCAUGCCACAAAUGGUUUAAAAGUUCUUGAGCAAAAAUCUCUUAUAACUAUUACUAGAAAACCUUUUGAGUUUGUGCACAUGCAUGACCAUAUUGAAGAAAUGGGCAGAAAUAUUGUUCGUCGUUUGCACCCAGAUAAGCCUGAGAAACACAGCCGAUUGUGGAUUGAUGAUGAAAUUAAAGAUAUAUUGGCUAAUGACUUGGGUACUAAAGCAACAAGAUACAUACAAUUCCAGUUAAUGGGAGGCAAUUUUGAAAUGGUUAUGAAGGGUCUUAGAAAGAUGAAGGAACUUAGAUUUCUUCACAUAUUUGAGAAUAAUUUUGCGGAAGAAAGGAAAUAUGAUAAUGUCAGCCAAUACUUUCCAAAUGCUUUACAAUAUCUGCAGUGGUCCUGGUACCCUUUCUGGUCUUUACCCAACACAUUUCAAGCUAAUGAUCUUGUUACACUUAAGAUGGAAUGGAGCAAUAUCAAACAACUUUGGGAAGGGGGAGAAAGAAAGGUUCUUAACAAGCUCAAGAUUCUUGACCUCAGUUAUUCAAAGUUGACGACCCUUGAUCUUGGGUCUAGUCCAAAUCUCGAGGCGUUGUCUCUAAGAGGAUGCCGUCACUUGGUACAACUUCACAUGCUCAAUGGAUAUCCAAAUCUCAAGUCCAUCAACCUCAGUGAGUCAAAGUUGAAGACAAUCGACCUUCGCCCAGCUGUGAACCUCGAGCUCUUACAUCUUAAAGACUGCAAUGCUUUGGUAGAACUUCACAUGCCUGGUAAAUGUCUGAAUCUCAGAUCCUUGACACUCACUAAUUCACAGUUGAGGACCCUAGACAUUGGGUGGACUCCGAAUCUAGAGGAUUUAGAUCUUAACAGCUGUUAUGAUUUGGAAGACCUUCACAUGGCCGAUAAAUGUCAAAAGCUCACAUCCCUCAACAUUAGUCAUUCAAAGUUGAAAACCCUUGACCUUGGGUUGACUCCAAAUCUGAAGAAGUUAUAUCUAAAAGAAUGUAAGAAUUUGGUACAACUUCAUGUUCCCAUUGGAUGUCUAGAAAAUCUUGUCUACUUGAACUUAAGAGGCUGUUUGGGGUUUACAUAUUUUAUGUUUGACAAAAGGAAUGUUGCUUCUAGUAGAAAGGAUGAAUCACUUGAGAUUGAUCCUUCAGCUGAGUCACAUCUGAUUGCCAAGUCCCUUGAAAGAUGUCCACUUCACCCGGACAAUACUUUGCAGCAGUUUCAGUUUGAAUGCUUUUACAUUGAUGAUCCCAAGGACCGUGUGACUAGAAAUCUUAAGCAGCUUAUUUAUGAAGGUCUGUGUGCCUGCACUAACCUUGAGACACUUUCAGAAAGCAUUUUUGGGUUACGAUGUUUAAGAAAGCUUAAACUUAAACUCGAAGCCUAUCCGGAGGCUCCCAAGGAACUUGACCACGAAGAAUGUCUAGAAGAGCUAAGUUUUUCUAUGACAAAUAUGAAACAUCUUCCGGAUAGCAUUUGUAUGUUGAAACAUCUGGAAGUUCUUCAACUUAAACAUUGUUGGAGUCUUGAGAAGUUACCUGAGGAUAUUGGCCAAUUAGAAUGUUUAAAAAAUCUGACUUUAUCAGAUACAAAGAUUAAACAUCUUCCUGAUAGCAUUUGUAUGUUGAAACAUCUGGAAGUUCUUCAACUUAAACAUUGUUGGAGUCUUGAGAAGUUACCUGAGGAUAUUGGCCAAUUAGAAUGUUUAACAAAUCUGACUUUAUCAGAUACAAAGAUUAAACAUCUUCCUGAUAGCAUUUGUAUGUUGAAACAUCUGGUAUUUCUUGAGCUUCGUGAUUGUUCCUUUCUUGAGAAGUUGCCCGAGGAUCUUGGCCAACUAGAAUGUUUAGAGACGCUAUAUUUGUUGCAUGCAAAGAUUGAACAUCUUCCAGAUAGCAUCUGUAUGUUGAAAAAUCUGAGAACACUCGCUCUUCAUUGUUCUUCACUUAAGACAUUACCAAAGGAUCUUGGCCAACUAGAAUGUUUAGAGACGCUAUAUCUGUCAUCCUCAUUGAUCAAGCAUCUUCCGGAUUCUAUUUGUAUGUUGAAAGAUUUGAAACAGCUCAAUCUGAUUCAUUGUUCAUUACUUGAGAAAUUACCAGAGGAUCUUGACCGAUUAGAAUGUUUACAGAGACUAUCCCUAAGGAUGUGCAAGCUUUUACGAGAUUUUCCAAUCAGCAUCUGUAAGAUAAAACGUUUAGAAAGUUUAGGGGUAGAAGGUACAUGCAUAAGUCAUCUUCCACAGGACAUUUGUUUUAUGAAAGGUCUGCGUAUUUCAGGGUCGAGAGGCCUUCUUGAAUCCUGUGGUUUUACAUCCGAGAUACAAACCGUCUCGUACGAAGAUACCUUCUUUGUAGAUGUGUGAAUAACAGUCUAUUAUGUCUCUAUUUAUGAUGGAGUCUACCCUACAUCCAUAAGGGCUCUUCUAGAGAGAAAAUCAGGACUAUAUAUGGAGUAUAUAUAGCUCUUUUGGAGGGUAUAUGAUUUUGUGAUGCUCCAAAGGCCUAGGAAUUCACAAAGAACCAUUCUGAUAGAUCCAAAUACAAUGUCAGAAUUUAUCAAGAACUUAAUCAAAAAAAUCCGAGCAACAGAUGUGGAUUUCAUGCAAAUUGUACUUAACAAGCAAAACUUAAAGCAAUUGGAACACAUGCGAAGACUUUGUGAAGCUAUUGGGUAGAGAAGGAAACAUCACAGGGUUUUGAGUGGGAAUUGAAUAAGUCAAAUUACAACGACUUCUGUAGAAAGUUUUGAUGAAAUUGGUGGGAACUUUGAUAUGAAUUUUUAAAUGGUCAUGUUAAUAAUAUGUGAAGGAACAGUUUUUGGAUAAUUUAAAGGGUAAAUAGCAUAAAACACAUUAAGUUUA